CUCGUGCCCUGUGUGCGUGCCCCGGAAGUGUCUGCACAUGUGCGGUGUUAUGGCAGGGAGAGCGGUGCUGAGUGCUGCGGGGGUCUUUGGUCGCCUUGGUUGGGCGCCGGUGAGGGGCUACGCCAAGAAAGCGGUUGUGAAGGGGAAAGGCAAAGGAGCAGUCAAAGAGGUGCUAAAGGGACCCGAAGUAUGCAGAGACCCAGCAAUCUUAACCACACACGCAAUGGGGGUCAAUAUAUACAAAACCGGACCAGAUGUGAAAUUAAAAGAAGAUUCAGAAUACCCUGAGUGGUUGUUCCAGAUAGAUUUGGGUCCUCCUAAAACCUUGGAUGAGCUAAGUCCAGACACCCCUCAGUACUGGAGGCUGCUUCGAAAGAUGCACAUGUGGAGGAAUAACCGCCUUGCCAAGAACAAGAAGCCGUGAACUGGGGACUUGAGAUUUAAAUCAGACUCUUUUCUGUCAUCACGCUUUAAAAAGCUACUACACACUGUUUUGUACAGCGCCUGAUUUCUUUUUUCUGCUCCAGAUAAAGCAGGAAUACUUGCAAAUAAAUGAUGUCGAUUUAUAGACUGGAAA